CAAAGAAUUAAAGUUUACAAAUAUUGUUGGGUGUGGUAUGAGUUGUUGAAGUGAGAGUAAGGUAUCAAUAUGUGGAUUUUGGAAAGAUUUCCCAUAGGUCUUGGCAUCAUAUUGUUAUUUGUCGUUUACGGUGAAAGUCUUGAAUGUUAUGUGUGCAGAUCACAGGAGACAAAUGGAGAGAAGUGCCUCAACACCAUAAAGACUUGUGAACAAGGAGAGGAUGUGUGUCUGACAGAGAUAAAGUGGGGAAGUACUCCUUACUGGUCUCAGGGAGCACAGAAGCAGUAUUAUGUUUCAAAGAGAUGCUCAACGAAAUCAGCAUGUGAAAAGAUUAGAAGCAAGAAUAUGCCAUAUUGCACUCACAUCUGGUAUCAGGAUUGGAGGUGUGCUGAAUGUUGCCAGGGUGACCGUUGCAAUUUCUAUGUGUUUCUGAGUGGAAGCACAGCUCGUUCAAGUUUGUUUGUGGUGCUUGCUUCAGUUUCUGUCAUUUUGGCUGUUGGCAGAUUUCUUCAGUAGAAAUGAUUUAGAAAUUAAAUUUCCUUCAUUAUACCGUCCAGCAGUAAUUUGCCUCUCAUUUUUAGCUCCGGAGUUGUGCUAAUUUUAAAGUAGUAUUCGAGGUUCAGCAAACAUUGUAUCUAAGAAAGCCUUUGAAUGUACAUUUUACAUUUUAGGAAACAUUUUUGGAGGAGUAAUAUUCUAUUUUGAUUAUAAAUGUUAUUGUUGUCUUCGACAUGUAAUCUGUCAAAGAUUAUAGUUAUUUGGUACUGUAAGAGAAAUAUUUUUACCAAUGACAGGCUUUUCAUUGUUAAUAACUUUACAGAUCUGCUAAGUGAAUAACUGUAUUUUUACUAAUAUGGAAGUUUUUUGAAAGAAUGUGGAACAGUAAAAUGUAUUUGCUUGAAACUGGAAGAAGGAGGGAGGGCAGGGGGGGGGGGGGGGGGGGAGGUAGGAAAGAAUGAAAGAAAGAAAGAGAUUGUCACAUGUGAGGAAAAAUUGUGAAGUAGAUUGUGAAUUUGUCUGUUGCUAUUUGAAUUUUGCCUGUUGUAAUUUAUAGGCACAAAAUAUCAUUUUGUACAAUUCCUUUUACAUAAGAUAAAAUGCAGUAUUAUAUUUAUGAAGAUAAAAAUCUGUAAUUGAAGACACAAUUACAUUCAACAGUGACACAUAACUUAAAAGAAAAUACAGGUAAACAAACUCACCUUUGUUUAUCCGCACUUGUUAGAUAUUAAUGGAGUCACCCAAUACAGUAUGUAUAGCCUGACCAAACACAGUGUACCAAUAAUGAGGGUAGCACUAUAUUGUGGGAGGAAGGAAACAGCUGAAGCUGAUCAUGUUCUCAGGGAAAGUGGAAAACAAAUCUGUAAAUGUAGUUUUUAUGUGUGAUAAAAAGCUCACUGUUGGGGAAAGAAUUUGAAAAAGUAAGGGGUAGUUACUCUCAGGGUACCAGAUCACAGAUAUGUUCAUAAUAGCCAAAUUUCAGUCCAGUUCAUAGUUUGCCCAGGCUAUACUUUUAUUAUGGUAUUUGACUAAUAUCAUUUGCAAAUGGGUACAGUUUAAACUUGCUAGUGUUGUAGCUAUAAGUUAAGAUUUUUGAUUGAGUAUUUAAUUUCUUCUACUCUGAUAUUGUGUAGAUUAAUUAAAUAAUCUACUUAAAAGUGCUGAAAAUGACUAUGACUCCUGUGGUUCAGGUUCUUUCCUGGACACUCAUGUUAUUAAUUGUAUAACGUGCACAUUUUGUACAAGAUUUCAUUGAAGAAGGUUAUAAUAUUAAAAGCAGCAUACUUGCCUUUGGUAGUAGCUGUUGUAUGGUAAAUAGUAAAACUAUAGAGUGAGUGCUGGAUUUCAAAAUUCACUUCCUUGGUAACCACAAUGAAUAGAGGAGGUGGAAAAACUUUUGAAGAAUGAAUAAGAUCAAAUUAUGUUGAACAAAAUACUCUAUAGGGGAAUUCUGGAGAUGGACAACAAAUGUAAUUUAAUCACAGUCUAAGGUAGCUUUUCAGUUUGCAUUUCAGAUCCAUGUUAUAACUGCUUUAUCUUGAACAUUAUUUGUAUUUCUGAUAUUGUUCUCAACUCUUCUUUUGGUGACAACCUUCAGUGAAGCUAAUACCUUGAUUUACAUUUAUUCCAGGGCUGGUUCAUAUUGAUAGAGUGAUCUAAUGAGAAUAACGUUUGCAUUUCGCUUGCUGUACUCUUUUUUAAUGACCCACUUGUUAGGUGUUUUAUUUACUACUACUACCUCCACUACUACUACUACUACUACUACUACUACUACGACUACGACUACCACACCGAGCGAGAUGGUGUAUUGGUUAGCACACUGGACUUGCAUUCAGGAGGACAGCAGUUCAAUCCCGCAUGCGGUCAUCCUGAUUUAGGUUUUCUGUAAUUUCCUUAAAUUGCUUCAGGCAAAUGCUGGGAUGGUUUCUUUGAAAGGGCAUGGUCGGCUUCCAUCCCCAUCCUUCCCUAAACUGAUGAGACCGAUGACCUCACUGUUUGGGCUGCUCCCUCAAAUCAAUCCAACCCCACUGUUACCACCACCACCACCAUUUCUAUGUCUGCUUCUAUUUAAACUACUAAAGUGUCAUAUUGCGAUAUCAGUUUAAUUCUGCUUCUAUGUACACUACUUAAGUGUGACAUAUUGAGAUAUCAGUAUGUACUUCAGUGAAGUGCUGUAGAGAGUAAUCCCAAAUUUGAAGUGUGAAAGUUAAUGUAUUCUCUCUUUACAGUUACACAAGUGUAUAUGUACCCUCUUCUGCAAAGUUCUUUCCAUCAUUGAUGCCUCACAUCACUGUAUGAGAAAGUGACUAAUGUUGUGUGGCAGCUUCAAAUGAAAAUAACCUGUCGGAUAGUGUUAUCUGUAGGAGAUGCUCUAAUGCUGUAGGCCGUGUUGUAAUAGUUCAAUGACCAGUGAUGUUGAAAUCACGAUAUCAGUACUGAAAUCACUUAAAGGGAAUAUGCAUUUAUGGUAGUGAGAGAAUUGAUAAAACAGCAGUGAGCAUGGCAUUGUGUGCCAGAGAAGUUGUGUGAAGUGAAAUGAUUAAUGAGAAUAUUAUAAACAAAGCUCUUAUAGUAUUCCGUUAUUCACACAGCUUGUGAGUGCAUUUGUGGUCUACUUUCAUUUCAGAUGUAUGAAAGGAUAAUCUCAAUUUAUAAAAUCGUAUUUUAACAGACACAGCAGGAAUGGAUGCUGUUGUAUUGCAUAGGCACAAAGCUGAGAUCUCAUAAUGUAUCUGCUCAAGAUUUUUUUGUGUAUAACAUGGACAUAACAACAACAAAUUAAAUUAUGAGGCUGUGGUCAGAAACAACAUUAGCUAACAUACUGCCUGAUUUUAAAUUUAAAAAAAUGUAGUACAUGCAUGCUACUCAUAACAAUCAUUUUUAAAUGUCAAACCUUGUUGUUUUACAGUCUUUAUUCCUGUG